AAUUCUCAGCACUGGAAAUUUGUAUGGAAUUCUGUAUGUAAUUCAUUAUUCAGUCGGUGAAUCCUUCUUACAAAGAUUGCAGUCGAGUUCAAUCAGUAACAAAGAUGUUGAAUGGUUUUGAGAAACCCCAUGUAGUGGCAGUGCCGCUUCCUGCACUGGGUCACGCCAUCCCUCUACUCGAGUAUUGUAACUUGCUUGCCUCGUAUGGCCUUGCCAUCACUUUUGUUACCACCGCUGCUAAUGCACCCUCUCUGAAACUCCAAAUGGCCCACGCUAUUUCCUCCGGCUUCGAUAUUCGCCUCACAGUCCUUCCUACGCCACAAAUUGAAGGGUUACCCAAGGGAGUGGAAAGCUUCGAGCAAGUUCCUUCCGAGCAAACUGAUCUUAUUUUUGAUUUGGUCGCUAACCUUGAACACCCUUUUAACCGUUGGCUUGAAGGCCAACUUGAAGGGAGGGAGCUCCUGUUUGUAUCAUGCAUGAUGUGCUUCUGGGAUGGAAUAUGGAGUUAGCCCAAAAGCAAGACAUCGUUAAGGUUGCGUUCGAUACAUAUGGCGCAUUCGCUCUGACUUUGCUGCGUUUUGCAUGGCUGUCAUAUUCGCACAACGCAGUGAAGGAAGAAGACGACAGCGUUGUCCUGAGCUUGGGUCUCCCCACUCCACUCAGAUUACAUAAGCACGAAAUACACUCAGUGAUGUUCCAGGCCUUGCCGAUGAAGAGAAUAGGACGGAUACACUCAACCAUCCAAGGAUGGGGAAUGCUCGUCAAUACAUUUGAGGGACUGGAGCCUGAAUAUCUCCAACACUUGAGAAAUUUGACAGGGAAAAAGGUAUGGUCCACAGGCCCAGUACUUCUGUCCGCUUUCUUUGAAGGUGCGGUGAGAGUCAGCACCCAAGGUAAAAUGGCAGACAUCAGCGAAGAUAAGCUGCUCCAAUGGCUGGAUUCUCAAAGCUCAUGUUCAGUUGCUUAUAUUUUGUUUGGAAGCCAGACAUUCUUAACAGAAGAACAAAGCAAGGCGUUGGCUGGUGGGCUAGAAGCCAGCGAACAGCCCUUCAUUUGGGCUAUCAAAGUGUCUCCAGAGGUUAAACACACGCAAUCCGACCUGGCUCACACAUAUCUUCCGGAGGGGUUCCAAGAGCGAACAAAGAAUAGAGGGCUAUUAAUAUGGGGUUGGGUGCCACAACUUGUUAUUCUCUCCCACCCAUCUAUAGGCGCUUUCAUAAGCCACUGCGGAUGGAAUUCUAUGCUUGAAAGCGUAACUCUUGGAGUCCCAUUAAUCACAUGGCCAAUGAUUGUAGAUCAACACUUCAAUUCUAAACUAGCUGUGGAGUCCGGCAUUGGAAUCCAAGUGUGCGAGCAUAUAGAUGGAAUUCCAGAUAAGGAACGAGUGAAGGAGGGUGUUACACUUGUUCUGAGUAAAGACAAGGGGAAACAGAUGAAAAGACAGGCAGAAAAGUUGAAGGACAUGGCGAGAAAGGCUGUUGCAUGUGGAGGAUCUUCAAAUGCAAACUUACAAGAUUUUGUGACUGCUAUUCAGAAGUUGCAGAAGGCAAGAACUGCUGCACGAGAACAAUCCUCGAAAGCCCCAAAAGAUCAUUGUGUUCCAAAAUUCAUCUAAAGCUUACCAGUUUCAUAGCUGUUUGUAGGCAUGUAUGUAGGCAUGUGGCUAUUGUAGGCCUUGUUUUUAUUGCCUCCUCCGAUGUGUAGCUCCGAAGAUGUCAUAGGUGCUAUAUUAAUAAGAAUCCUAGGUGAGUUGCAUGUUUUUUUAGUUGAAUCUUAGAGAAGUUUGUGGCA